AUGUCGAAAAUCUCAAACCUAGACUAUGCUGCCCUUAAUCUCCCCGGAGACAACUAUUUGCAUUGGGCACUUGACACAAAGAUUGACUUGUGGUCAAAGGAACUCGGUGAUGCUAUCAUCGAGGGCAACAAUGAGACUGAUACGAAUCAGUACAGGGCUAUAAGUAUUAUACGCCACCAUCUCAUUGAGGGUCUAAAAGAUCAGUACCUCACCAUGGAGAAUUCACUAGACCUUUGGACCGCUUUACAGCGACGAUAUGAUCACCAGAAAACGGUGCUAUUACCAAAGGCUAAACAUGUGUGGAAGAAUCUCAGAUUCAUGGACUAUAAGUCUGUGGAUGAAUACAAUUCAAUAUUGUUUAAGAUAGUCUCAAUGAUGAGACUUUGUGGUGAGGAAGUAACCGAGAAAGAGUUGCUUGAUAAAACAUUCUCCACGUUCCAUUCGACGAAUGUGUUGCUGCAACAACAGUAUAGAAAGAGAGGCUUCGCCUCAUACACUGAUCUGAUCUCGUGCCUACUCCUGGCCGAGGCUAAUAAUGAACUCCUGAUGAAAAACAGUGAGAUGGGACCCAUAGGAACAACAACAUUACCAGAAGCCAAUGAGGCUGAAAAGAAAGAUCCCAAAGACUAUGGCCGUGGCCGAGGCAGUUAUGGCCGUGGUCGAGGCGGCAUAUCCAAACCGUCUAACUCGACCAAAUCAGCUUGUCACAGAUGCAGGAUGAGUAACCAUUGGGCCAAGAAUUGUAGAACCCCUAAACAUCUAUGUGAGCUCUAUCAAGAGAACCUUAAGAACAAGAACCCGGAAGCCCAUAUGGUUCAUGAUACCGGGUAUGAUGCUGAUGUUGAUUCCGACCUUGAAAAGGACGACCUCUUGGAUUUUGAGACUUCUGAUUGUCUCAAAGACUAA